GGAAAUUUGACACAUCGACGUAACUUAUGAUAUGAGGAGUGUAUCAGAUGGAAGAAUCUAAGUGAGAGUACAGGAGUGAGGAUAUAUAGGCAUGAAAGGUUUCAGCACUAAGAGCCCCUGAACUAGUCCUAAACCAGCGAAUAAAAGUGGAGACAACCGAAUUCCAACUGACAGAGUGAAUCUGGCCAUAGGACUACUGGUGCGUUACUCAUCUAUCUCAACAUAAGUUCACCAACUAUAUCAACAGCAAAAGCUCCAUCCCGCCAACAUCACCAUCUAUCUUCAUCUCGCCCAGUACCGUCAAACUCUCAAGCAAUGGACGAAACCUCAUCCGACUCAGCCUCCUUCUGGGCAAGAGCCGACAAAUACGUCCUAAACACCGGCGUUCCCUCCUUACCAGUGAUAAUCACCAGCGCAAAAGGAACCCGGCUCUACUCCAACAACAACGCCCAAAUCCUCGAUUUCACAUCCGGUCAAAUGAGCUCCCUACUCGGCCAUUCCCACCCCGAGAUCGUCGCCGUAGUCCAACAAUACGUCGCGGGACUAGAUCAUCUACUCAGCAACAUGAUCACACAUCCCGUAGUCAACCUAGCAGAGCGUCUAUCUCACCACCUUCCUGCGCCUUUACAAAAAUCCUUCUUCUUAAACACUGGUUCCGAAUCAACAGAGGCUGCCAUCAAAAUGGCAAAAUUAUACACAGGCAAAUUCGAAAUCGUGGCGUUUUCCGCUAGCUAUCAUGGUCUUACUCAAGGUGCUGGAUCUGCUACCUAUCCCACGGGCCGAAAGAACGGAGGACCUACAAUGCCUGGCCAGCUCGCGUUUCCGGCACCGUAUGCUUAUCGCUCGCCAUUUAGAACAGCUGAUGGCUCAUACGACUGGGAGACUGAGAUGGAUUACGGAUGGUCUAUGAUUGAUAGACAGAGCGUGGGAUCUCUGGCUGCUUUCAUUGCUGAACCGAUUCUCUCCACAGGCGGGAUUCUCGAGCCGCCGGAGGGAUAUCUGGUACGUCUUAGUGCAGAGUGCAAGAAGCGAGGUAUGCUUCUCAUUAUGGAUGAAGCGCAGACUGGAGUAGGUCGUACUGGAAAGAUGUUCGCUUUUGAGCAUUCCGGGAUUGUUCCUGAUAUCUUGACUCUCUCCAAGACUCUUGGAUGCGGCUUACCAUUAGCCUCCGUCAGCACCACCGUUGAAAUCGAGCGAGGAUGCAAGGAGGCGGGAUUCUUAUGGCUUACGACCCAUCUCAACGACCCUUUGACAGCAGCCGUGGGCGACAAGGUACUCGAGAUUGUAGAGCGAGACAACAUGUGUCAGAAAGCCAAGGAACGGGGUGAGCAGCUGCGCAGUGGGUUGCUCAAGUUACAAGAGAAGUAUUGGUGCAUAGGGGAUGUUCGAGGUCGUGGUCUUCUUCAAGGAAUCGAGUUCAUCUCCGACGCUCAGACUAAAGCACCGGGUCCCGAUUUAGGACAAGCUGUUUCUGAUAGAGCACUGCAUUGUGGUCUCUCAUGUAAUGUUGUCAAUCUUCCUGGGAUGGGAGGUGUGUUUCGUUUGGCUCCUCCAGUGACUGUCUCGGCUGAGGAAAUCGAGGAAGGUCUGAGGAUCUUGGAUGAGGCUUUUGCUCACGUUCUUAGCACGCAUGAGAAAGCCGUUGAUGGCGUUGUUUAACACAAGAGAGCUAUGUAUUCAACCUCAGUCCGAUGAACUGCCUGCUUUUGCAGUUUAAAGGCACAUGCGUUGCUUCAUUGCAUAUUCGCAACCCAACAUAUAUCUUAGACAUUACAAGGAUUUUGAGACUACAUUCAUAGGAUACAUUCACGACUCGGGUAGCAAUGUUUUCACGCGGAG